AUGUGUAGCAGAACGACAAUGUUGAGAAGCGGAGGUAGCGAAAUGAAAAAGAAAACAACGGAAUUUAGAAACGAAUCGGGAUUGGGGGAGAGGAAUAGUUCGCCCCUCUCAGUUCGCUGA